ACCACAUAGACAGAGACAGAGGGCUACGACUUGUAAACGACGCUGGACGUGAGACGCGUGCGGACUCAAGGCUGAGAGAGAGAGACUCCUGAAUCAUUCGAGGUUUAUAGGGUACAACAGGCGCAUAGCUGUCAGCUCUACUAAAGCAACCACUGGGCAAAGGCGUGCCGGGGCUGCACACGCGGUUCCGAAUCCUGCUCAGGACCCGUCAUCCUGGGCACUCUGUGAUAAAACUGAGAAGACUGUGCCAACGUUGAAGAAACGAGAUGGAGGACGACCAACAGUUCUGUCUGAGGUGGAACAAUCACCAGUCCACACUCAUUCAGAAUUUUGAUACGCUGUUGGAGAGCGGGACUCUGGUUGACUGUACGUUGGCGGCGGAAGGGAAGUAUCUAAAGGCCCACAAAGUAGUCCUUUCCGCCUGCAGCCCAUACUUUGAGGGUCUUCUGUCGGAACAUUAUGAUAAGCACCCGGUCUUCAUCCUUAAGGAUGUCAAGUUCAAAGAGUUAAAAGCUAUGAUGGAGUACAUGUACCGAGGCGAGGUGAACAUUUCACAAGAGCAACUGACGGCACUGCUGAAAGCUGCUGAGUCACUACAGAUUAAGGGGCUGUCGGACAACCGAACAGGUGGUGCCAGCAGCAUGAGCAGCACAACGACAAGCAAAGCCGAGAACACCAGGUCCUCGAAACAAGCCGCCACUGCCACUGCAUCGUCCGCAGUCGCAGCAUCCGCCUCUACGGUAGCCGCCGACAUUCCGCCGCACGCGUCUUCCGGUCUGACGAUCGAAAAGAACAGCAAAGUUCCUAGGUCCAGUUUGUCGCAGGUCUCCGUUAGUGAUCUGCCUGAAAGCUCGGCCAGUCCACAGCUCAGGGGUCUCUCCUCAAGGGAAGGUUCUCAAAGUCCAACUAGGAGAAGAAAGCGAACGAGAAGGAGAAGCUUGGGCAACGAAGAUACAACUGGCUCUAUUGAUAACAACCAUGACGCCUCUAAUUCAUCUGACCUGACCGCACCAGCUCUUGUUGCACCGGUUGCCGAAGAUAAGUCACACGCCGAUCAAGCGGAUCCGAUCGGCAGGUCCGCGCUCAUGCAACAGCUCACCAAGCCCCCUACGGAAGAAAUGAUGCAGAUGUCGCACGAGAAGGCCGAGCCUACGGAGGAAAUGAUUCAACCAAAGUCUGAGUAUAUGGACGACCAAGAAAGCGUCGAGGAUCUGACGAACCUCGACGAUGACAUGAAUGAUUUAAGAGAACUUGAUGAACAGGAAUCCACUAGGCCAGGCCCGAGUCAUGAUCCUUCUCAACACGGCGGUGUACAACCAUGGCACAUGGGCGGUGACAGGAGUAAUCCAGGAGUCGGUGCUGCAGCCAUACCACCAGGUCAGCAAGAUGAAGUGUUCCUAGCAGCCCACGACGCCGCACAAGCUCAAAGGGACUCACAAGACUCUCGCAUGACCUUGAGAAGUCGUCGGAUGAAGAGCGAAGCACUAAAGGACGCAGAGAUCGACAGGGACUUGGCUAACCGGCUGCGCAAGUCACUCGGCCCUUGGCGUCGCGGCAAAAGCGGGAUAAAAAUCAGCCAAGUUCGCACGUACGGAGUCAUCGAGGAAUUCGAAAGGGAUCCCUUGAGCCUCGACGACGUGGUCGACAUGAAGUGCAUCAACCCGCUCGCCUACCCCUUGAAGCAAUGCGGCGUCGUGCUGGAGCGGGACAACAGUUUGCUGCUCAACUGGUUAAGCAAGAAAAAACCCAUGCCGAGCAAACCCGUCAAGACCGAGCCCAAUGUCCGCAAAAACAUCUUCAGCAGCGCCGACAAGUCCACAGUGAAGUUCAAGGUCGAGAAGAAAAACAUUGUGAGGAGCCAGAUCGAGGGGUGCAUCUGCGACCAGCUACUCGGGAAAUCGAUUCUGGACAAGAGCGCGAAGAAGUGCUUCAAGAUGUACCACUUUGCCUGCCCGCACUGCAGUUACGUGGCGCUGAGGCAGACGGACGGCGAUUUGUUGGCUCACAUAAGCGAGGAGCACCCGAGCUCGGUCGUGUUUGGCAAGGCGAGGGUCAAGUACUGCCCGAGGUUUCUGGACAGGCUGAGAAAGUGCCGGAGCCGCUUGAGAGAGCAGACCGGCAGAGAGGAGGCGUACUACUGUUGCAGGUGUCCGAGUUUCUUUUCCUCGGACGCUGGACGAAGGACCCAUGAGCGCACGUGCGGCCAAAGACUCGCGUGCGUCUGGUGCGAGUACAGCACGACCAAAAACUCGGACAUGUACAAGCACAGCUUGAAGCACGCGGCUCUCAGCGAUUUUUAAGAUUUUUCUUUUAUUUAUUUAUUAUUUCUUUUUUUUCUUUCCUCUUUUUUCCUUUACUUAUACGUUUGAUGGUUGAGUCACGCCGUUCCUUGAAGCGAUCGUUGAAAAAUUAUAUUUUUUGUAUUUCAUUUACAAAGGCAGGGUAGUACAUUUCAAUAUCGAAUAAGCGAGAUUAGUUUUUUUUUUUUCUUUUUUUUUCUCCCCUGUCCAGAUGUGUACGUUUAACGUUCCUAGUCAUUUGGAACACUACUCGAUAAUACUUGGUCUGUUAUGCUUCCGAAACUAGUUUUCACUGAAGGAUCUAUUUCUUUAUCGUGUUUAAUUUGUAUGGAAAAAUGCGCUGCCGUAAUACAUAUUUUUUUUUUUUUUUUUACUUUGUUUUUUGUUGGAUUGAAUUUAAUAUUGCUUGAAAAAUUAUUUGAUUUGCAGCGAGGAGAUACAUAAAAAACGUUGUAUUUUCUACGUAUAUUUUUCCUAAUUACGAAAGUAUUUAUGGUACGCAGUUUUCGAGUUAUGCUUAUAAUCAAGAUGAUUAAAAUUCCGGUUUCAAAAAUAUAAUUCAACUGAUGACAUGUACAUGAGAAAUGAAGAUGACUUUUCUUCCAGGAUUGUAAAAUACUUUAAUAAACAAGUUAAUGAAA